UUCCAGCCUGCCUGCCUCCCUGGAGGCUGCUCCUGGUAAACACAUCCCGCAGAGCUGGGAGCAGCACAACGAGUCUCACUUUGGCACCUUUUGGCAACGCCCUUGGGUGAAAGUGUGGGGAAGAUUGCAGUGACGGGCUGAGAAGUGGGGCUGGCUGGAUGGUACUGAGCCUGAGGGCUGCCCCGUCCAGCACCAUGCCAAAGACCUGGUGAGCAGGCAGAAGCACUUAUGUGGGAUAAUGAUGUAUCAGCUCAUGCCCAGACUGUUGCCAAGGCCAAAUAUGAAUUUUUAUUUGGCUUGGAAGAAGAGAAGCCGUCAGAAAUGGGUAGUGGCCGUGGAAGCAGCACUUUCCUCCCUCAUACCAUCAUCAAUGAAUUCCCAGAGUACGGCACUGUAGAGCCAAGCGCAGACGGGCCGCAGGCUGCCCCGCUGCGCUGGGCCGAGCCUGUGACACGCAGUCCGGAAAGGCGGGACAGUCACCACUGGAUACCUGCCCGGCCCCUUCCUCAGCACGCAGCUCCUGCAGACAGUUCGAGACCUGACACCGGGGCAGCGCAGCUGUGCACCCCAGAAGAAGGUUUGCAACCUGUGGGUAACCUGCCAGAGAUGAUGAAAAUCUCUCGACAGCUGGAAGCAACAAAGGUGCAAGAGAGCGCAAAUACUUCUCUUGAUUCAGAGACACAAAUGGAAAAAAAGAGCAUUACUGGCAGCCAAAAUGUGCAGGCAGCCAGAGAACCAGUUCCAGCAGGCCAAGAAAAACCCUCAGACAUGCCUCUUCCAUCUGAACGAACAGCUGAGGAAAAAAUGCAUUUGAUCGUGGAGAAAGAUCUGGCUGCAAUAUGGACUGGAGAAAAGCAGUCUGAGUCCUUGCAAGCCAUCAGUAAUAAAGCUGAGGAGGUCCACGUAGUGCAGGAGACAAGCUGUCAUAGACCAUCUGUGACAAACCUGGAAGCAGCCAGCAGAGUGGAGGGGUGGGCGAAUUUUGAGUUUUCAGCUUACAGACAAGGCAAAAUGCAAAUGGGUCCUGAGAGGAGGCUCUCUAAAGAGGCAGCUGUGAGCAAACAUGUAGAAUUUCAGGGGGUGGAGAUUUUAUGGCUGCAAAAAGCCAAGGAGCAAAGAAAGAAGAACUCACUGCUGGAGACUGUGGCUGUGGAGAGGAAGGCGUUCCCCAAAACGUCUGCCCACCCUGUGCCACCGGUGGUCUCCCCAGGCUUGGUCUCCUCUCCAGAUAGUGCUUGGAGCGAGGUCCAUGAGGACCCAAGGCCAGGACCCACUGCCUCUGGAGCCACUCCUCUGGUGCUGCUAGAUGAAAGCGAGGAGGAUGAAGUUUUUAUGAAGGACAAGGAAGACCACGGUGAGGAGGAGAUGGCUGUGCUAGCGGGAGGACAGGGCAGGAUGAUGGAGGAGGGUGAAGCAGCCACAGGAGGAUAUGAAGAUGUCUUUGCGCAGAGGCACUCCGACAUCUCCACUGAUGUGUACAGCUCACAGUUUGAAAACAUCCUAGACAAUGCAUCUUUAUACUACAGUGUGGAGUCGCUGGAGACAUUGUACUCAGAGCCUGAUAGCUUCUUCAGCUUCGAGAUGCCACUCACUCCCAUGAUCCAGCAGCGCAUGAAGGAGGGCGGCCAGUUUUUAGAUCGGACGUCAGUCUUGGGGCAGCCAGAUGUCCUGCAGCUUCCCCCUGACGGGGAGGUGAAGGGCGGUGGAGAAGGCAUUGCCAAUGGCUUGGGGGAUGUAGGUGAAACACUCUUCAGAGGAGAUGUCACAGAAGUCCCUCAUCUGGAAAGCAAUGCUGAACUGCAGAAGAUGGUGUUAGACUCCAGUGCUGCCAUGGGGAGCACUGAACUUCAGGAGAAAGCUGCCGGUGGAGCCCUGGGCCAUGAUCUCAGCAAUGGCAGCAGCAGCAAUUUGGAAGCAGCCAGGCGCCUGGCAAAGCGCCUAUACCACCUGGACAGAUUCAAACGCUCUGAUGUGGCAAAGCAUUUGGGUAAAAACAAUGAAUUCAGCAAGCUUGUGGCCGAAGAAUACCUUAAGUUUUUUGACUUCACAGGCAUGACACUGGACUAUUCGCUCAGGAGUUUCUUUAAAGCCUUUUCACUUAUUGGAGAAACUCAGGAACGAGAAAGAGUUUUAAUCCACUUCUCCAGCAGAUACUACCAGUGCAACCCAAACACCAUUUCUUCUCAAGAUGGAAUUCACUGUCUCACGUGUGCCGUGAUGCUGCUGAACACAGACCUGCAUGGCCACAACAUUGGGAAAAAGAUGACCUGCCAGGAAUUUGUUGCCAACCUCCAGGGGAUGAACGAUGGCAAAGACUUCCCAAAAGGACUGCUGAAGGCUCUCUACAAUUCAAUCAAGAAUGAGAAGCUGGAAUGGGCAGUGGAUGAUGAAGAGAAAAAAAAGUCUCACUCAGACAGUACAGAUGAAAAGGAUAAUGGGAGCCAGACGAAGGCUGUCAGUCGAAUUGGCAACUCAAAUAACCCGUUCCUGGACAUCCCUCAUGACCCCAAUGCUGCUGUGUAUAAAACUGGAUUUCUGGCUCGGAAAAGCCAUGCAGAUAUGGACGGAAAAAAAACUCCCCGGGGAAAGCGAGGCUGGAAAACCUUUUAUGCUGUGCUGAAGGGAACAGUCCUGUACUUGCAGAAGGAUGAAUAUAAGCCAGAAAAGGCUUUGUCAGAGGAAGAUCUGAAGAAUGCAGUUAGUGUGCAUCAUGCGCUGGCAUCCAAGGCAACAGACUAUGAGAAGAAACCCAAUGUCCUCAAGCUUAAAACAGCAGAUUGGAGGGUCCUGCUUUUCCAAGCCCAGAACCAAGAAGAAAUGCAGACCUGGAUCAACAAGAUUAACUGUGUGGCUGCAGUCUUCUCUGCACCACCAUUUCCAGCAGCCAUUGGGUCUCAGAAGAAGUUCAGUCGACCACUUCUGCCAGCCACCACAACGAAGCUAUCUCAGGAUGAACAGCUAAAGUCCCAUGAAGCUAAGCUGAAGCAGAUCUCUACUGAGCUUGCUGAACAUCGCUCCUAUCCUCCUGACAAGAAGCUCAAAGGCAAGGAAGUAGAUGAUUACAAACUGAAGGACCACUAUCUGGAGUUUGAGAAAAAUCGCUAUGAGAUUUACGUUGGCCUUCUGAAAGAAGGGGUGAAGGACCUGCUGAGCAGCGGAGAGAACGAUGCACCAGGACUGAAGAAAUCUCACUCGAGUCCCUCAUUGAAUCAGGAGUCUCCAGUUAGUGCCAAGGUGAAACGCAAUGUCUCGGAGAGGAAGGACUACAGGCCAGAAACACCCAGCAUCAAGCAGAAGGUCACUUAGUGUGGAAAUGACAACUAGGGGAACAGCCAUGCAGCAAAGUACCGGUGGUCAAAAUGUUUUCAUUUAAUAACCUGUCAUUCACAAAAAAUAAGUGCAUCUGCCUGAAUGGGGUGUUAGUGACAUUUUCUAUUGUAUAUUUUGCUGUUUCUGUGCAGAUUGUGGGAGAUGUCUUUGCUCCUGCUUUGCUUUGCUUUGUUAAUUUGUCAUUUAGCAAUUGAAGCAUCGGGACUUUUUGUGUUGUUCUGUUUCUAAAGGAGCUGGGGGAGGGGUAGAGCGCUGUGACGUAUUUUCUGUCUCUUCCCUGUUUAUCUCCUCCCAUCAGCACGUGGCUUUCAUCUCUCAAGUCACUUGUCACUUUAUUUACGCGAUGGGCAGGAAACGUAACUGGACAAAUGCUGCAGUGCUGUGGAUGCAAGCUGUGGCUGUGAGAGGAGCUGUGCAAACCGGCAGCUGCAGAAGGAUGGCUGGAGCCUGGGGUGCUGGGAACACUGGUUUCCUGACAAUGCAAAGCAUGUUGGUACUGGUACUUCAUAGCAGGGGCUACAGUAAAUAGUCACUGUUGCUAAACGUUAUUGCAUUGACCCUGGACCGACAAGCGUGAAAGGAUGAAACCUGGAAACCUCUGGCAAAUGCUGGGAUGACAGCUUUGGAGUACUUCCUUUGCUUCCUUCCAAGCAAAGAGUCUUCUCCUGAAUGAGCAGGCUGGGGGUGUCCAAGCCCGUGCUAUCUCUGUGGUCAGGGAGAUUAGGAAUUACCCAGUCAGAAUGACUACCUGGGCUUUACAUUUAUUUGCAGAGGAGGCUGCUGUAGAUAUCACCCUUUAGCAUUAAAGACAGAGGGCCUCUGUGUAGUUUUUAACUAUAUGCUCUCCAUUAGCUGCUAUUUAGAGCCUUACAAUAUAUUGUACCCUUAUUCUCCCCGUUCCAGGAGUUUCCUUGUUGGUGUACACAGAUAGGUGUUUGCCAUUUCUCUGCUAGUGACAAAGCACUUUGCCUUUUUUCUUCGGGAAGGGAUUCUCCUGAGCUCUCCAUAUUCCUGCUUUAGCUCACGUAUAGAUGAAAAAGGCUGGUGCAGACUGAGUAAAGGGACAGACAUGUCCUCACUGCAGGCCAGGGUUUGAUGCUGUCCUGGCUACUCUGUACCAGGAGGCCAGCACAGGACAGCCUCAGCCUUGGCAGAUCCUACCCUCCACCCACCUUGCAGCUCCUGUAUGCCCUGCACCAGGCUAUCAGAGGGGGAAGUGCAGAAUAGUGAGAGAGCACUAUGAGUAGAGCUUUCCUUACCUGAAAGACCCCUUUUUGUGACACAGACCCUUGUUGUGGCCAGCAGUCUUCAGGCACAGGGAGUAGAAAGAUGAGGUAGGAAUAAUUUUCCUGCUUCCCAGUCCCUCUUGCCUGGGGCAACAUCAUUGCUCUGCAGUGAAUGCCGGCUCACCUGUUACUGAACACCCUGAGUUUUAAUCUCAGGUUUGAUACUGGCUUACUGGGUGAGCUCAGACAGGUCUCUCCCGUUUCACCUCAGUUUUCCCCUGUAUCAAGUAGUACAACCAAACUGACCAUUCCCACAGAGCACCUUGGGAGGUAAUGUUGAGGGCCAGUUGAAAAUUGUUUGUUGCUGUUAUUUUUGUUGUGCUGGGCACAGGGCAGACUUCCUGAUGGAUGUAAUUCUUAAUGCAUAAAGAAACAUCAAGAUCAAUGCAAGGACUGUUUAAAAAGGUGCUGGUGUUUCUAGCCAAGUAGUUGAUGGGCCACACAUCAAAAAAAUCACCACCUGAGUGGAUUUGUGCUCUGCCAGACUUCCCAAAGAGUCCAAGUCAAUUAAUCUAGUUUAUUGAACUGCCAGUUCAGUGGGCAGGACAGGGAGUGAUCAAAGAGAAAAGAACCUUAGCAAGCACCACAUGACUUGCCUCCCACACUGAGGACCACUGUGCCACAGCUUUCCCAGUGGUGAGCUCAUCAUUGGCUGUAGCAAAGAUGUCGUGUGCUCAGAUGCCAGGAGGUGUUAGAGCAAAUCAAUCCUUGCUGUUGCAGCUUGGCAGCAAGACCAGAUGGGGACUGCUUCUACGUGUGACGUCGGGACACCCAUAGAGUCAUGGAAUCAUAGAAUGGUUUGACUUGGACCUUCUGAAGGGACAUUAAAGAUUAUCUGCUUUCACACCCCCCACCCCCCCCCCCCCACUUCAUCAGCAGGGACACCUCCCACUAGACAGUGUUGCUCAAGAGAUCUGUCAUCUGUCACUGAGAGUGGCUGGUCUGUGCUAGAAGUUAGGAGGUUAUCCCCUAAUCCUGACUACAAUGCUAAAAACUGCAGUCCUAAAUAGGAACUGCCAGUGCUUCCUGAGCACUGGGGCUUUACAAGUUCUGUCUGCUUGCUACAGUGGAACAAAUGUUCAGUUCUCUUCCUGAAGAGGAGAGAUGCCUUAUGCUGCUGGAGCCAAAGUGAUGUCAUGUGUCAUGCUGUGUUAGGAGACUCUGUGUAAACAGGUGAAAGAUAGUCCUCAUUGAGAGGGAUUGUUUAAGUGAAUCAAGUGUGGUAGAUCAACAGGUCUUGGAGGGGAAACAAAACCAGGCGAUUCCUGCAGCUGUUCAUCAUGCUCUGGAGUUUUAAAACAAACAAGCUGAACAGAGAAAAGCAGAAACUUGGGCAGUGCCAAAUGCGUAUUUCAGAGGAAAAUUUGUCCCGUCUUAGAUGAAGGUGUUAGCAUGCAACAAAAACAGAAAAAAUGUGCAGAUUUGUGAGAGGGCCCUGCUUGGCUGUCAGGGCAGGGUUACCUAGGUGAACUUCUGGAAGACGAGCUGGAACACGCCCAGCAAACCUCUUGUGAUUAUGGAGUGUAAUGGCUUAAAAGGCAAGGAGAUGACAUUUACAUUUUUAUUCCUGGCUUUCAAAAUACUCUGGUUGCUGUAGACUGCAGGUAAAUUGCUGAGCUCAAAAAGAAAUCAUUCCUGCAAAAUGCUUUCCCCAGCUUUGACACAGAAACUGGAUAAUUCCUCUUCAAAGUCAUUGCAGAGGAUAUGAUUUGAAGCAAUAGGAAAAGUGAAAAAGUGAACUGCAAAAAUGAUACUUUUUUGUCAUUAUUUAUUCUCUAUUUCCAUGUAUACUUGUAAACAGAUUAGAGUAUAUUUUUGAAGUCUCAUCUAGGCUUAGCAAAUGCAGUUUUUCACUGCUGUUUUCAGUCAUUAAACAUUUGUUGAGCUUGCAGUGCUCUUGGUGAAACUGCUGAGACGUGCAGAUUAGUUUACCAAAAAUUUGUCAGGUUCUGCUCAAGUUUUAAUUCAUGUCAUUUUACUCUAUUGCUUUACCAAUUCUAGGCAUUGCAGGUGCUCAUGAAAAUGCACGUUUUGGAGGCCGAGGGAGAAAGGUGAUCCUGUUGUCUAAGGCUCUUGGACUCCCUUGGGAAUAGGUUUAUUCACUAAGCAGUACCAUAGUUUGCUUUUUUCCCCACUGCUGAUGCUACUGUAAAGGGUGGGGGCAGGUUCUCAGGAGGUCUCAAUGGUGCGUCUUCUUGCGUGGCACCACUGAGAGUUUGGGCAGAUAGUUUUGCAUGGUACCUAGUACUGUGCCUUUCUUUGCUGAAAUGUUUGCCUUUAGCAGGGAUCAGUGCUUGACCCCAGUAACUCAGGAGCUCCUGUUGUAAUAUAUAAGGAUAUUCUGCUGGUUUCGAGCCCUCACCUUGGACCCACUGUGUACCUGAAUGUGGUACUGGCAGAGAAGCCUGCAGUUUUAUAGGGGUGCCCAGUGCAAGCAGGAGUUACUGGCAGACCACCCCGAGUGUGUGUGUGUGUGUGUGCAAGCCAUCCUUUGCAUUGGUGAUGCAGGGAGAUACCAUCCUCCCUUGUCAUCCUUCCUGCUGCAGUGUGCAGCAGUCUUUCAGGCAAAGCCCCUGCCUGCGUGUGGAGACUGUGGGUGCAAGGAGGGGAGAGCAGGAUGGGGCUAACAGCUCCUCACAUCUCUGCUCUCAAGAUGCAGAGAGAGGUCCUGGAGGAACCUGUUCUGAUCUGAAGCAUUGGUGGUUGCUGACCCUCUGGGGGCUACAUCAUCUCCUCUGCCUGGGAGGAGAAGCAGGAGAGGACUUCACUGGGUGUGCACCUGACAGCAGAGAGGCAUGGGAGAAGGGCAAAAUUGUCUUGCCCUCUCCCUGCUCAGUAACCAAAGCAGGUGAGAUACUCUCCCAGAGCCAAAACUGUCCUCUCCAUGAUUCAGCUGGAUGCAGUGGUUUGGUUGUGAUGGUUUUCGUUCAGCAGCAACUGCAAAGGAGACUGUCUGGGCUGGCUUUGUGUUUGUGUGUGUUCUGCAGAUAAAUCACGCAUGGACUAGUGAACAUGACUACAGCUUUUAAAUCCAGUAUUUAUGUUGUGUCUUUAAUUGAUGUAGAGAUAAGUCAGCCAGCAGCGUGAUUAAUGCAGCGGAGCUGUGGGGGAACACUGUUCAGCUGCAACACCGACUCAGACAGUUUUUCAUCUGUAGCCAGCCACUUGUAAGUGGUUACCAGCAGCUUUCUAGGGGCUUGUAACAGCUCAUCCCUUAAAUGCUUUCACUCUGAUCCUGCCUACUCUUAGGGUGUGGUCUGUCCAUCUUUGAGGACUGUCCCGUAGAGCAGUGUUCAGUGCAGCCCUGCUUUGAGCAGGAGUUUGGACUAGCAGGCCUCCAGAGACUGGAGUUGUUUGGUGACAUUCCACAGCUCCAGUGCCUUCUGGUAACAAGGCUGGUUGUUCUUCUGGCUUGAAAUAGUUGAUUUUUUUGCCUUUCUCUAUGGAGGAGUGGGGUUCUUGCUUGAUUAGGGUAGCCCUUUCACUGAAGAGGUGGUUAUGGCAGUGGAAAAAGUCAGUGGUGGUAGGGUUAUCAUCACUGGGCUUCCACAGGCAUUGCAUGGUAAUCUUCUUGAAAGCAGGGAAGGCUUUUCUCUACGCAGGGAAGUGGCACUGCUUACCAUGUCUGCAUUCUCCAUCCCUAAAUCAAUUUUGGCCUUGUCGCACUAUGGUCUGACAGCUCCUCCUCCUUUUCUGUCAAGCUGCUCCUGUCUGUCAUAUUAGCACCUCAGCUGCUUCUGUAUAACAGGUCUCUUUCCUUCCAUGCUUGCAGAAAUCCAGAAAAUUUGACUGUCCCGUCUUGCCUUGGGAAAGCCUGCUCAGACGCAGUGCUGCGUCAAGUGGAUAACCCUGUGAACAGCUUUUUCAUUUUCCUUGUUGGUAGCCGGUGUUUCCAGCCACAGUUGUAGCUGGGAGGUGUGAGACAAAGUUUCAGACUGCUGUGAUCCUCCAGCAUUAUGCUGCAGGGAUGCAAGAUCCCCUCUCCAGCACUCAGACCAGACACUUCUGACAUUCCUAGUUUCCUUUCCAAAGGUGUCAGGGGCAGAGGCAACCCAUGCCAUGGGUAAACUUGGAAACAUUGUUUUGAGAGGAGUUGGGUACUUUCCAAAUCAGGCCAUACAUUUUGCAGCCUUCUGUGGGGCUGUAUAAAAAAAAAUAAAAAUUAAAAAAUGACAUUUCCAACCAUCAAUCCCUGGCCCAGUUGUCAGAAACACCAUCUCCUUUUGCAGAGACGAAAGCUGGGUACACCACACCUCAUCUAAAGCAAUCUUCCAGCUUGCUGUUUGUUUAAACUCUCCCCAUUGUUGCUUUCCCCAGGCUCUGGCAAAUCACAUCUGCUCUGAGAGGGCCGUUUUUCCGCAUUUCUCCCCAAAGCACAAACAGAGCUCCCCAGUGUGUGUUCCCAGCAUCCAGUAUCUAGGCUGCCUAGAGGGGUGAGCCAAAGAAGCUGUCUCAGAAAUUUCUUUGAAAGAGGUAGUCUCCAUCUUCUGCUUUUUAGAGGAUAUUUUUAGUGCAUAUAGAAUCAGUAAGCCUGGCCUUUCCUGUCUCCCAGAGCUCUCCUAGCAGCAUAUAGUACAGUCAGCUGCUUUGCUGUGUGGGACCUGAACAUUUGCUCCAGCAAGAAGAGGCUUUGUUAGCCUCCAGAAAAAUUGUAUCACCUAAGCUGAGCACCAGUGCACAGGGCAACAACACUGUAGGAAAAUGGUAAGAAAGCCAGUGCCACCAUCCUCGUUGCCCUCAGUCCUGGGGGUAAUUAGAAAUGCUGAGUUCCUUUUCCACCUACACUGUGCUGCUGGAGGCACUGUCCCUACCACCUGCUGCUUUUCUCCCUUGUGACAGCAGCACCCUCACCCGGGGUGCCACAGUCACAUCGUUAGGAGGCUGGUUAAAAUAAGAGCAAGGAGGACAGAUCCCAGGAAAGUGUGUCUGCGUGCCAUCUGGGAGUAUCAGUUGGCAACAUCUAGUUGAACAGUGAAAGGAGGCAGGGUCAGCCCUGCCUGAGAAAAGGUACCUUGCUUGUCUUUUCUGUGAGCUGCAAUGAAUUGUAUUGUAAUUAUUUAUUUAUAGCACUUGCCUUAGCAAAUGCAAACAACAGCUUUCCCAAAGGCCACACCAUUGACCUGGCUUUGCUCAUGUGGUCAGAAGGAAGAAAUUUAGGCCAGCCCAAAGCAUUCUUUGUCCUCCUCUGUGAACAAUGAACUAAACCAUAAAAGUCAUGAAUGUUUAAACAAUGAGGGACUUCCCAUGGCAUCUGAUGAUAAAUCUGUGCCAGAAAUCAGCUGGGGAACAGGUCAGAGGUUUAUUUGGACCAAGGAGAAGUACAUCACUUACCACUUUCAGUCCUUGCAUUCCUGCAGACUACAAGAGCAGGAUUUUUCUCUGAUGUGAACUACUGUCAUUAGUAGCCACCCUAAAGCAGUGGCCCUGAAUAUAGCUCACCUAAAUGAGACCAGCACAACUUUUUGUCUAAGCAGGCAAGGUUUCAACUUUGCCUUGGAGACUUGUUAGGCACAAAAUCCUCUGACUCCCCUGAACCUCUGGCUGGGAGAAGGGAGAACAGUAAUGUCCAUUUGGUGUCACUGCACAGGGCAAAUUCUGUCAGUGAUACAAGUCUUGCAUCACUUGCACACUUAUGAAAAUUAUGCUCAGUGCUGUCACAUUCUGAAAGACUGUAGGAUGAGAACAGGGGUGGGUUGUGUGGGGUUUUUUUUAUUUCUACAUAUUCAUGACAACUGUGUCCUCUUACUCAAGGCUGGGAUUAUAACUUGGCUAAAGGAACAGAGUUUUUUUGGCAGUUUGAAAACUUCAAAAUAACUGCACUUUGUCUGAGGUACAAUCUGAGGCUUAUGUUACUCAAUGAACAUGUUUAAGUGAUGCCUAUAGAUGUGUGUAUGUAUUUCAUAGGUAUAGUAUGGCUUCUGUGACUCAGCACUCCAAAGCCUGCUGUUCUUUUCUGGGAUUUAUUUUGGUCAAAGCACUUCAGCAGCUGCAAACUUUCUUAGGAUGCUUGUCGUUGUAGUUUUUCUUGAAUUAGGUUAAACAGUCAUCAGAGCUUUCACAGGUUUAGGGUAUUCCUGGAGCUGCCUUGAUCCCCAUGGGUUUGUCCACCAGGAGCUGCCUGUUCAGCACGUCAAAUGCAAAGUCAUGUAUUUGGGAGUCUAAGCAAGGAUUCUGGGUGGGAUUUUCUGCCAGCUCAACACUGAGCUAACUCUUGUUGUUCUCAGCUGAUGCCUGCAUUGGGAGCAUCUGUGCUGAUGACUUCUGAAAGUCAUGCUCUGGGGAUCUAAUGCGCAGCUUUACUUCUGAAAAUGUUGUUCUGAAAAUGCUCUGUGAAAUCUCGGCAAGAGGACAUCAUGGCCAAAAGUGUCCAAACAGGACAGAUACCUGUGAUGUCUCCUGCAGAUACAGGUGUACAGAAGUAGUGAGGGUUUCUUUCUGCAACUGUACCGAUUUCCAGAAGAAUAUCUGGCUCAUCAGCAGAGAAAAAAAGAGCAGCAGGGCUGAAAUAUCUGUCUUGGGUAUCUCGUACGCCUCCCAGAGGUGUCCCUUGGAAGUUUUAAACAACCUUUUAACAAGUUGCUUAUCUAAGUAAAAAGACUUAAGGAAACACGAUGUGUUUUCCUGUUGCACUCUUGUCAGGGCAACAUUGGCAUUAUCUGCAUUAUCUCUGGAAAGGGGGAGCAAAACCUGAGGUUGGUAUUCCUACCUGGAGUUACAGAAUCCUUACGAAGCAGUUACCCUGAAGCACUUGAGCAAGCUCAGUGAAGCCAAUCCUUUAUGCUUCUCUGGACCAUGGCCAGAGUGAUCAUGUCUUGCAGAACUGAGAUGCAAGGAGACUGCAGCUCAGGGCUGUGUGAAGAGGGACAUCACCAUCGCCUUGCUCUGGGUGAGCUGUAUUCCUUUUCCAGGAGCUGAGUUCCCUCCCUUGGGUUACCUGCCUCCCAUGGUGAUGCAGUGGGAAGAUGAGGUUGAGCACUGUUGCACUCAGAGUUGCAGCUAGGAAGGGUCAUUUUUCCUUCACCUGAGCUGUUGCAGAGUUGUUUUCCCUUAGGCCAAGGGACUGAAUUACCAGAUACUGUUGCAUGGUACUCGUAUGGGAAGAGUAACUCUUUGUAGUUGUAGUGCAGGAAAAACAUUUUGCACAUGUGGGUACACGCACCCUGUGCAUCUCUUGUGUGCAGGCAUAGCCUGGCAGGGCAGCAGUCCUUGCUAGAUGUUUCCUCUGGGUGGCCUCCAAUCCAUUUUGCCAAGUGUAGGAACCUUCUUUCUGAUAACCUUCAAUUCAGUUUUCUCUAAUCACUGAAUUGCUGGAGUGUUUUUCCUGCAACACACUAGAGACACAGUCCCUGUCUCACUGCUUUGUGGUGACUCCUUGGUUUGCUAUGAAGCAGCAUUGAGGUAAUCACUAAAUCUUUUCAGCAGCAUGAAGCUGCUCUGACUCUUGGGGCAGUCACUGUCUCAGGUUUGAGGCUGUCCUACCACCAGGGCACCCCAUUUUGUCCCUGGGAACAUGCAUGACCAGAAAAGCAUACUCCUCAGUGGUCAGAGUCAGAGCUGUGCAGACUAAGUCAAGCCCUGGUUCAUGGGACAUGUUUCCACGUGCUGCUGAUGUCCAUAAGGACUCAGAAAUAUACUUGCUUGCACAGAGAUGCUAACCUGAAGCAGAGUUGUCGCUCUUUUCUACAGGUACCACAGGAUGCCCUCCCUUAUUCUGCUUCAUGUAACUGGUACUAGAAUGAUCAUUUCCUGAUAAAUGAAGGCACUUAAUCAGUCCUCUUCCCCUUGGAGGAAGGACUUUUGGGGAUAUUGUUAUAUCAUUUAAAAUAAUAUUUUGGAAUUUAAGUUUACAUUGCUUUAUUUUUCACUUGAGGUGACUGUAUAUAAAUAUUUUCCUCUAUUUUAUCAUUGCUGAUAAAGUAAGCCUACGGUAUACAGACAAAUAAUUUGCCUUUGAUGUAUUGGAACUGUAAGAUAUAAAGUAGACUUCUCUCUUGUGUCCAUGUUCCUGAUAUAACUCUGUUUCUCUGUGUUUUUAUAAGUUGGAAUAAAUGUUGCUUACGGGCAACAGAGAGCCUGCAAGCUUCCCAAUAAUUUUUAUGUAAUUGAAAUCAAGCAACCCUAGUGAAGGAUCUCACAUAUGUAUAAUGAUAUAUGUAUAUGUACAAACUUUAGAAAGAAAUAAACCAAAUGUAUUUCAUCUUCUGAAUACUGAA